GUACGCUCAAAACGGUCACGUCGAUCGGACGUGUUGUAAGAAUGAAACGAAUUUUUAAAAUCGUUACGUUUGUGACUUUAACAUGUAUCGUCUUUGGACAAGAAGAUUACUGCAUUACGCCGACUGGAAUCGACGGCAAGUGCGUACUACUGGCGGACUGCGAUAAACUUAGAAAUUUAAUAAAGGGUACCACUUUGGAUCGAGAGAUUCUUAAGCAAUGGCAUUGCGGAUUCAUUAGAGAGAAUCCUAUGGUUUGCUGCCCAGUUAAAACAUCUACCACUACCACAACAACAACAGCUGCGACAGUAACAAUACCACCUGAAAAAAGAUGCGUUACUUUGGAAGGGACAUAUGGUUCUUGUGUCAGUUUAGACUCUUGCCCAAAAGUUGCCAAAAGAUUAAAAGAAGCUUCAGAAGAGGACUUGGAAUAUGUACAGAGAUCCAGGUGUAUAGGGUCAGCUAUGUACAGCGUGUGUUGUGAUACCCCAAUCGACGGUAACCACCGGUUAACUACAAAGAAACCAGUAACAGGAUUGGACAGAUUUUCUAUCAACAACAUGUGUACACCAAAACCAGGUCUACCAGAUCCUAAUAAGGAUUGUUGUGGGAUAGACAGUGCUAGUGGCAAUAAAAUUAUAUAUGGUGUACCAACUUCAAUAGAUCAGUAUCCGUGGUUAGCAUUGAUUGAGUAUACUAGAGAUUAUCUAUGUGGAGGAACCCUUAUAAGUAGUGAAUAUGUACUUACGGCAGCUCACUGCCUUAUAACAACAGCCAAAAAAUCAAGAGGAGCGAAAUCCGUUCGUCUUGGUGAAUACAAUACGACAAACAAUGGACCAGACUGCGUUGAAGUGGAAGGAGAUGGUUUAGAUUGUACCACAGGAGCCAUUUCAAUACCAAUAGCGGAGACCAUCAUUCACCCCCAAUACAACACAGAUAAGAUUGUUAUACAGGCAAAUGAUAUUGCAUUGAUCAAGCUGGAAAAAUUGGCUCCUUACGACGAAUUCGUACGACCUAUAUGCUUGCCAACAUUUGACAUUACAUUGUCAACGCCACAAAGAGAUAUGCGAUACUUCGUUGCUGGAUGGGGAGCUGUAGACGAAACUCAUACGAGGAGCGACAUUAAACUUCAUUCGGAUUUGAUCUUCGUAGAUCAGACGAGUUGUCGAGAACUAUACAGCCGUAAAGGAGUUUCGCUGGUGUGGAAUAAGCAGAUGUGCGCAGGAGGCGAAUUGAAUAAGGACUCGUGCAAAGGAGAUUCCGGCGGACCCCUGAUGUAUCAAGACGAAAAGAAAUUCGAGCUCACUGGCGUCAUUAGUUUUGGUAUAUUGCAGUGCGGCAACCAGGGCAAGCCUAGCAUCUAUACAAAGGUGUACGAUUACAUACCAUGGAUCAAAAGUGUAGUCGAACCCUAAGUCAAUUAGUAUACAAAGGCAUUUUACAAUGCACUUUACUCUUCUAAUACUUGAUGGUCAAAUCAAGUUUUAUCUGGCUUCAUCUCUUUACCAAUAAUUAAAUAAAAAUAGUCAAAACUAUGAAGAUAUUGAAUACAUGGUUUUUGUCUGAACAAUUUGACAGAUUUACGUCUAAAGUCCGUCUACAAUCAUACGUCUACGUCAUAGAGUUCUAGCAAAAUAACUUUAUACUGCCCAAAAAUGU